AUGGCGCCGCUUAAGGCUGACGUCAGCAUGCUGCUAUGGUUUGUUUCGAGUCUUUUUUACUUUGUCCUCUUUCCACCAAUUUUCAACCCAGGGAAGAAUUGGGUUAAUGCUUAUGAAGCAUGUGGAAUUGCAAUGGAUGUUUUUCACAAGCUAGCAUUGCCCGCCCAUUGUGGGCCUUUCGAGCCGAUUCCAGAGCACAUUUGUCCGAUCUUGAAUUGCUUGAUUGGAGCCACGGAAAAAAGGAAGCAAUCGGCUUUUGUCUCGAUGCAGUUGGCCAUGGCAAGGAUGGUCUGUUUGGCACGGGAAAUCAAAGCCAGAAAGAUGUUCGCAGAGCCCAUGAACAUGCGAAAUUGCUUGAAUUGCACGCAUGGAUUCUAA